CACUGCUUGACAGAUAGUCCGGUUAGGUUAUAUUUGACAUAAAUAAUACAAAAAUUGGACCAGGGCCAAUUUUGGGCUCCCGUCUCUCAAUAUUUUUAGUCCAUGUGCGGGCUCCGGUACAGUCAGGACUGGCCUUUUUCUUGACUAAUUUGUGCACUUUCUACACGAGACGACUAGACCGUAAUUGUCUCACAAUUGGUGUCCUAAAUCGCGGACCCGCCAAUUGUCUAGUCUCCAAUUGGGAACAGAAAUGCUGGAAUUGGCCGAAAUCAAUUAGUCGGUUCUUCCCACGCAUUUCAUCCUUCCGGUUUAAGUGAAAAGUUGUGUAAAGUUUGCUCUUGAAUGUAUAGUACGUCGCGUUUACGUGAAAUAUACUUUUGGCGGCAAUUGAGCGCUGAAGUGAAUUAAGUUAUAAAGGUUUAAGGCUCACUAAAGAGAAAUGGCUGUUUUAGGCGGUCAACUAGUCAUUACAUUAAUAAUGGCCAGCAUUAUUCAGAAAAUGAAUGCACACAUUUCCUUCGCAAGAUGGCUGCUUUGCCAUACCGGCUUGGUUCGCUAUCUGGAUCCUACGGACGACCAGCUUCGGACGCUUGCCGGAAUCGGCAAAGAGAAGGGCAAAGGGAAAAAUCAUCAGAAAGAACGACCCCAAAGCUUCCACGUAUCCAGGAACAUCGACAUAGACUUGGAGACUGCGAAGGUCGGUUCACUGGAUGUCAUGUACUUACGAUACUUCACGGAAUACCAGUGGCUCGUGGACUUCAGCAUUUACGCGGCUAUUGUGUACAUAUCGUCCGAGGUUUACAGCAUUUGGUUCCCGGCGAAGGAGGAAGUGAACUUGAGUAUGGUGUGGUGCCUACUAGUCAUCUUUUUCGCUUUAAAACUUCUAGGUUCGUUAACAGUUCUUUAUUUUAGAAGCGAAGAAUCAAUUGCAGAAAGAUCGAUGUGCAUUAUUGCUUGCCUAGUUUACUUGCUAAUAGCCAUGAUUGUCCUCACGCUAGACGAUAGCAUUUUAGAGACUGGCCUAGAGCAAGCAUACACAAACUUCAACAAGAGUGCCUCAGCAUUUUUGGCGGAACAAGGAGUGUCGAAUUCUGGGCCUGCUUCCAAAAUAGUAUUAAAAUUUUUCAUAGCAGUUUUGUGUGGCCUUCUGGGAUCCCUAUUCACAUUUCCUGGGUUAAGGAUCGCUCAAAUGCACUGGGACUCCUUGAAAUAUUGCAGAACGACAAAAUUAAUGCAAAUCAUACUGAAUACUAGUUUCGCUCUUCCAUUCGUUCUAGUUGUACUUUGGAUCAAGCCAAUAAGCCGUGACUAUUUAACGGAUCGAACUUUUGGCGGAAUGGACAAACCUAUCCUGACAAGUCACGCCUUCGAAGCAAUUCGUUUGCUUUUGAUGAUAUUCGCGGUAUUGCUAAGAUUCGCUCUGUUGCCUACCUACCUUCAGGCCUAUUUGAACAUAGCUUACGAUCGUAUCGAGAGCAUGAAAAAAGAAGGUGGACGCAUCACUAAUAUUGAGUUGCGACGGAAGGUUUCUUCAGUGUUCUCAUACCUGUGUGUUGUGACGCUCCAAUUCGCCGCUCCUUUAAUCUUGUGCUUAUUCUUCACAUUGAUGUAUAAAAGUCUUAGCGGUUUCAGUUGGUUCACCCCCGCUGCUACUAUUCCAAAUGAUAGCAUCAAUGAAAUAAUUUCGACCACAGAAGGUUCAGGCGAUGGGUCCGGGGAUUAUAUAAAGAGUGAAGGAUUGGAUUUAUUGCAAUCUGCACAAACAAUCCAAGCAUCAUGGCACGGCCUUAGGAAGGUUUUCAGCUCGGAAGUAUAUAAGGGAUUCCUUGGUUUUGCUGUGUGGUGGAGCUAUUUCUCCUUGUUUGCAACAUCUGCGUUGGGUGUGUUUUAUCAGUCAUAUUUCACUAAAGUAUGAAAGACUUUAUGAGAUAACUGAGCGUUAUUUGUAUUUCUUCAAAGAAAUUUUCUAUUAUACAUUUUUGUAUAAAAAAAAGUCGAAAAGCAAUACAAUAAAGAGAUUAGUCUUUGAUUUAGAAA